CACGCAGCGCCUCGGGCCAAUUGCUUUGGAGCGUGGGGGGCCCGGGGCGUGAAGUGCGGGCUGCGCAGAAGCCGGAGCGCGGGAGUUGGCGCGUUGGAGCCAUGGUGGGCUACCUGAGCGAGGGGGCCAUUGCGGCCAUAAUGCAACAGGGAGAUACAUCCAUAAAACCCAUCCUCCAAGUCAUUAACAUUCGUGCCAUUACUACAGGGAGUAGUCCACCCCGUUAUCGACUGCUUAUGAGUGAUGGAUUGAACACACUAUCCUCUUUCAUGUUGGCAACACAGUUGAACCCUCUUGUUGAGGAAGAAAAACUGUCCAGCAACUGCAUUUGCCAGAUUAACCGGUUUAUUGUUAACACUCUGAAAGAUGGAAGGAAAGUAGUUAUUUUGAUGGAGUUAGAAGUUUUGAAAUCAGCUGAAGCAGUUGGAUUAAAGAUUGGCAAUCCAAUGCCCUAUAAUGAAGGACAUGGGCAGCAGCAGGUAGCUCCUUCUCCAGUCUCAGCAGCCAGUCCACCAACCAGCAAGCCCCAGCAACAGAAUGGGAGCUCAGGAACGGGUUCCACUGUAUCUAAGGCUUAUGGUGCCUCAAAGACAUUUGGAAAAGCGGGAGGUACCGGCCUAGUGAACAGUUCUGGGGGAACACAGGCCAAAGUGGUACCCAUUGCCAGCCUCACCCCUUACCAAUCCAAGUGGACCAUUUGUGCUCGUGUUACCAACAAAAGUCAGAUCCGUACCUGGAGCAAUUCUCGAGGGGAAGGGAAGCUCUUCUCUAUAGAGCUAGUUGAUGAAAGUGGUGAAAUCAGAGCUACUGCUUUCAAUGAGCAAGCUGACAAGUUCUUUCCCCUUCUUGACGUGAACAAGGUCUAUUAUUUCUCUAAGGGCACCCUGAAGAUUGCUAACAAACAAUUCACAGCUGUUAAAAAUGACUAUGAGAUGACCUUCAAUAAUGAGACUUCUGUGAUGCCCUGUGAAGAUGGUCAUCAUUUACCUACAGUGCAAUUUGAUUUCACAGGGAUUGGUGAGCUAGAGAACAAGUCUAAAGACUCACUUGUAGACGUAAUUGGGAUCUGCAAGAACUAUGACGAUGCCACUAAAAUCACAGUGAAAUCUAACAACAGAGAAGUUUCUAAGAGAAAUAUCUAUCUGAUGGACACGUCAGGGAAAGUGGUGACAGCUACUCUGUGGGGAGAAGAUGCUGAUAGAUUUGAUGGUUCUAGACAACCCGUGAUGGCUAUCAAAGGAGCCAGAGUUUCUGAUUUUGGUGGACGGAGCCUCUCUGUACUGUCUUCAAGCAUGGUCAUUAUGAAUCCUGACAUCUCAGAGGCCUAUAAGCUUCGUGGAUGGUUUGACUCAGAAGGACAAGCUUUAGAUGGUGUUUCCAUCUCUGAUCUAAAGGGUGGAGGAACAGGAGGGAGCAACACCAACUGGAAGACUUUAUAUGAGGUUAAAUCGGAGAACCUGGGCCAAGGUGACAAGGCGGACUAUUUUAGCUCUGUGGCAACGGUGGUGUAUCUUCGCAAAGAAAACUGUAUGUAUCAGGCCUGCCCGUCUCAGGACUGCAAUAAGAAAGUGAUUGAUCAGCAGAAUGGAUUAUACCGAUGUGAGAAGUGUGACAGUGAAUUUCCCAAUUUCAAGUACCGCAUGAUCCUGUCAGUAAAUAUUGCUGAUUUUCAAGAGAAUCAGUGGGUCACUUGUUUCCAGGAGUCUGCAGAGGCCAUCCUCGGACAAAACGCUGCUUAUCUUGGGGAGUUAAAAGAGAAGAAUGAGCAGGCGUUUGAGGAAGUUUUCCAGAAUGCCAACUUUCGAUCUUUCACGUUCAGGAUCAGGGUCAAACUAGAGACCUUCAAUGAUGAGUCUCGAAUUAAGGCCACUGUGAUGGACGUGAAGCCCGUGGACUACAAAGAAUAUGGCAGAAGGCUGAUCACGAACAUCAGGAGAAACGCAGUAAUGUGAGAAGAGCGAUGCUGCUUGGGCAGAAGUUUGAAAAUAAAGAGCUGAAAUGCAAUUGAUUUCUUCCCACCCCCUGUGUGACAAUUCCACAUUAGCUACACAGAGCAUAGAGCUUCUUUAUGGUAGAUUAAGCAAUUUCCUUUCUUAUAUGCAUCUUGGAACUAUUGGUAGGCAAAGGAAAAUAUGCUCAGAUGGCUGUAAUGUAAACUCUGUCAGACUUAGGGGGUCAACUAGCGGGUAGUCUAGUACCAGUCCCUCCCUCUGCCUUCAGGCUUUUGUCGGUUUUAUUAAGAUUUCAUUAUCUUCAAGCAGGAAUUAUGUUGCAAGUAAUUGACCCUAAAUCUGCAGACAGUGAAAUAAAUUAUGUAACUAGGUUUCUGCUUCUCCAAUGGGACACCUUCGCAACUUGGGUUCCUUCUCCGGAGGGAGAGCGAAGAAGUGGUUGUGUGGAACCUGGGUAUUUUAGUAAGCGUAUCUUCCUAGAAUUCAAAGCCUCUCUCUUUCUAGAGGUGCCACAUAGUUGUUAAUGCUUGGAAUGGCAAUAGGGUAGAAUUAUUAAUCAAAGACGUAUCUUUUAUAUCUGAAGAAUAUCCUUCCUUCAGGGUUUAAUAGACUGAGUCAGAUGGGUCUGAUACUAAUCAAAAUUGUCUCUUCUGAGGAAGGCUGAUAAGCAUUGACUUGCUGUCCCCUAGGGACAUCCAGGCAACUACAAAGCCUUGCUUUAGUUUCACUUCAAUUAAUGUUGCAUUUUGGUUGGCGAGUGCACACUUUUUCUACCUGUACAUAUUUCUUGCAUUUGUAUGUUUCAUUUCUUGAUUAAAGCUGU